CGUCAAUCGACCUUCCCAGCUGCCCCGCACAAAUCGACCGACUCGUAUCUCAGCUGGCUGGCCCUUGUGUGCAGGGUUUUUCCUCUCGCUCCUUGCCUCGCGAUUUAUUUCAAACCCGGUGAGAUCGACACUAGGCCAUCCAAGCUGCUUCUACCGAUUCCGUCGCCAUUGAUUCUCCCAUCUAGCCACAGGUAUUGACGUCAGACUGCGUGGGCGACUGCGGACUCUAGGUUUCGAUCACCGCCAUCUCAUCAUGGCGCAACAACGAGUGAACGUACACAUUCCCUCCCAUCCGCCCGUUCUCGAUAGUGUAAAGCUCCGCGACAUCCAACUUCCCCUGCCGUCAGCCCCAGACCCGUGGCACCGCCCCGAAAAAGCCCAACCCUGCACUGCGUCGCUAAAGUUAUCGUACUCAUCCGCCGUCGCAGCCGCCAUCGCUGACGAUGUCUCGCUCUCUCUCGAUUACGGCAAGCUAUACCGUCGCCUCGAGGAGGACAUCCGCCACAUGGGGCAACGGGGAGAAGCUCCGGGACAACGCAUGAUCAGCGUGGAGGGCAGCCGACGCGAGGAGAUGCUGCGGAAAGAACUCGGGCAGGACGUGCGUUUGACGGCGGGCAUCGUCGCCAGCUGUGGUCUGGGACUGCUGGACGAAACGGCCGCCGGGGUGCGACGGAUGUCCCAUGUGCACCAAGGGAUCCGCAGAAGCAGUGGCUCGGGUGGCCAAUCCGGGCCCGCGAACUUCAACUUCAGCCCCCCGCGUACAUCGAGCUCUCCCAUCGAGAGUGUGUAUGGCGAGUGUGAGGUCUGGUUGCAUCUGCCCAAGGCAUUGCUCCGGGCGGACGAGGGUCUGAAAUACCGUAGCGUCACAGUGUGGGGAUAUAAGCAGGGAGACGAUGGUGUCUCUGGCGAGGCCGACGAGUCUGAAAGACGCCCGGUGGUCCUCGAAGAAGAGUUCCGAAUCGACGGCAUUCGAUGCUACUGUAUCCUGGGGGUCAACUCCCACGAGAGGGUGGAGAAGCAGGCGGUGAUCAUCUCCUUGGAGUUCAAGGGUCCUGGCCAACUACCCUGGGGCUCGACGGUGGUGGACACUUAUCAGGCGAUGACGAGGGCUGUUGCAGAGCGAGUCGAAGGCACGUCGUUCCAGACGGUCGAGGCGCUGGCAACCUAUGUGGCGCGCAUUGUGACGGUGGAGUUCUCCAACGAGCGCGUGACAGUCAAGGUCGAGAAACCUAGCGCGCUCGCCUUCGUCGAGAGGUCUGGCGUGGAGAUCACGCGGUCUCAAGCUUUCUUCGAGAGGCUGGAACUCGACGGCGGACGAGCAUGAUUUGGAGUCGUGACUGGGUUGAUUGUUUUCUUGACUUUGAUCUGGCCAUGGGGCGGUAAAACGAAUGUAAAACCACCAAGCAGACGUAGGCUUGAUGCUCUGUAUGCUCUGUAUCCGAAUACUCGGUAGUUUGUAUAGACGAUGAC